GUAACAAUACAUCAACACAUAACCUCAAUUAAUACACACGUGUAUUUUUAAAUGGAGUGAAAGUUAGCUUAAAAUUGAAAAUUUAAUUACAAAAAUGAGUAACGACAAGGAUAUAAAUGACCAUAAUAAUCUAUGUAAUAGUGAACUAUUUUGUGAAUGUAAUUAUUUAAGUGAAGUUCUUGUAACAAGUGAUUAUAUAUUUAAUAUUGAUGCCACAAAAGACAACAACCCCAACAUUGCUGUAACUACAGCAAAUAAAAGUUGUUUGGUGUACAGUCUAGAUAAUAACCAACUAGCGACUAUUUGGGAAAGUAAAAAGGAGAAAAGCAAAUUAAUUGGCUGCAAGUUCAGUGGUAGAGAGAAACAUCUGUUGUAUAUUGGUAAUAGUGAUGGGGUUAUAAAAAUAAUAGAUUUAAGAACACCAGAAAAUGUUGCAGUUGAAUUUACAGAUACAACAGCAGAAGGUGAUGAGAGGAAAACCUUUAACUGUUUUGAUGUAUCAGCCAAUGACAGGCUUCUAGCCGCUGGAACAGAUGUACUUGGAGGAGAUGCUUUUGUAUUAUUUUGGGAUAUAAGAAAUAAAAAGCUGUUAGGAGGAUAUUGGGAAUCGCACACUGAUGACGUUACUCAGGUUCGUUUCCAUCCAGAUGAUAUGAAUAAAUUACUAUCUGGAUCAACUGAUGGUCUCAUAAAUUUAUAUGAUUUGUCCCAGACUUCAGAAGAUGAUGCAUUAAUAGAUACCCUUAAUACUGAAUCUUCUGUAAAUGAAUUACAGUGGUUUACCAAAAAUAACAAAGACUGUAUUAGCUGUAUCACUCAUACAUCUGAUCUGCAGCUAUGGGAUUUGGACAAAGGUGAACCGUAUCAAUCAUAUAGUAGGGAAGACUUAAUAGCUAAGAUGAUGAGUGAGCAUGACGAUGACUUUUAUUUAGCCAAAUUCCACCAAUUAAAAAAUAGUCAAUUCAUUUUGGGAGGCUCCCAGUAUAAAACUAAAGAAUAUCUAAGGGCAUUAUCACUUCAGAAAAAAGGAUUGGAACCUUACUUAGAAUUCAAGAAUAAUCAACAGAAAGUUAGGGAUAGUGCAUUCAAUGAACAUACAAACAUUUUGGUAACGGGAGGAGAAAAGGGAGUAUUAAAUAUAUGGAAAAUAAGUGAUCCAUCUAUAUAAAUAAAAGACUAGAUA